CGAAAUCGGAUUCUGCGUUUACGUCAAAAAUCCAUCCACGGUCCUCACUUCUCCUCCUCUCCCCAAAGCGCGGUAAAAAAUUAAAAGGGAUUUCUCCCAAUUCGUUCUACAAUCUCAAUUCGCCAACCCUAGAUCAUCUAAUUUUCCAGCCUGAUUAGAUAAUCUUUGUAGCAAAAUCGAUCAUGGGAGGCCACGGAGGUCUCAACAUUCUCCCGCAGAAGCGAUGGAAUGUCUACAACUUCGACAACAGAGAAAAAGUCCGGAAGGACGAAGAAGCCGCCGCCAAAGAAGAGCAGCUCAAGCGCGAACAGGCCAGGAAGAGGGACACCGAGUUCCGCAUCGAGCAGCUCCGUACCGCCCGCGGACUAGCUCCCAUCACUAAACCGCCGGCGGAGCCUGCGGCGGUGGGGGCACCUGCGAAGCCUUCUGAACCGGAGGAGGUCAAGGACGACGGACGACACAUCAAUCUCUUCGAAGGGAUCAGGAUUUUCGAUCCGAUCAUGAAGCCGGUGGAGAAGGAAGGGAACAGCGAGAGGGAUGGUGGUCACAAGAAGAAGAAGAUGAAGAAGGAGGAGGUUAGGGUUGUGACGGCGGAGGAUGAGAAGUAUCGAUUGGGAUAUGGCCUAGCCGGGAAAGGAGUUAAGUUGCCGUGGUAUCUGGAGAAGCGGAAGGGAAAGGUGGAGGAAGAUGAAGAUUCCCCGAGCGGUAAGAAGGAUAUGGAGAGGAAGAAGAGCGGGAAGAAGACGGUGGAAGAGUUGAGGGAGGAAAGGUUGAAGAGGGAGAAACGUGAGAAGGAGAGGCAAAGAGCUGUUUUAGCCGAGCAGAGUCGCAGAGAUGGAGGGUUCUCUAGGAGGAGGUAAAGCUCAUGUGCUACAUGGUCGCAGCUGGGUGUUUGCCUGAAUUCAAGUAUGGCAUGCCUCAUCUCGGAGCUCUCUGCUACGCUUCUACUGCGCAGCUAGCUAGUCCCCUCUCCCCUGCCUUGCUUACAAAGCUGAACAGCGAGGCCAUUGGCUUGAUGUCAUCUUUUGCAGCAACUCUGCCAUAAUCACUUCCUUGGUGGGAAAACUAGUGCUGCUCCUAACAAUUUCGGUGGGUGGCCGGUUUUGGUUUCGGAUGGAAUGGAAUGGAAUGCUGUUGUAUACGUCAAUGACUCUGAUGUCCUGUCUGUUGUUGAAUCCAGAUAUGGGUAGCUGGUGAGUUGUGACCAAUAGCCGUGGAUGUUUGUUUGCGGGGGGUUUAAAUUAGUAGUUGAACUUGGAAAAUUGUCAAUGCAUGUUGAAAGGCGACCCUUCUCAAGGACAAAUCAUCAAAUUUCAAUGUAUAUUAUAAUCUUCUUUUAAAAUUCGACUGUAAUUAUUCCCACUCCUACGUCAUAUAUAUCAUUAUCGUUAUGAGUUAUGAUCGAGUUGGAUUCAAAUGUUGAUCUCAGUAGUCGAAUCGAAUAUUGUUUUGAUAUUGUUCGAUCCAAACACCAAUUUGGUUCCUCUAUUGGUGAAUCGAAUAUCAACACCCAGAUAGGCAAAGUGGUAUUGCUUUUUUCGGGUUAUCUAUAACGUGUACUCUGACAAAGUACAGCUGAGGUAGUUAUCCAGAAACAAAAAAAAAAUGUCUUA